ACAGCCAAAGACAAUGUUUUCAUGUUUUUAAGUGUUUUUGUAACGAUAAGUUUAGUUGAUUCAAGAAUCGAGUUCGCAUUCGCAGUUCGCACUCGCAGUGUUCAUUUAAAAUCUUGGCGAACUAGUCUUCUUUGUUUGAAUAUUUAAAUUUGUACUUAACAAUAUUAUUUUUAUAAAAUGAAGGUGAAGUCAGGUCUUACAAGAUUUCACGAGUGUUUUAUUCUACGUAAUAGUAAAAUAAUAAAAGAAGACUUAUGGAUAAGAGAUGGAAAAAUUGUUAACCCUGAACAUGUAUUUUAUGUGGAACAAGUUGAAGCAGAUGUAACGGUAAACUGUGAAAAUUCACUUAUUGUACCCGGAUUUAUAGACAUUCAAAAUAAUGGUGGUUGGGGUGUUGACUUUUCAUAUGAUACUGAAAAUGUUGAAGAAGGUGUCCAAAAAGUAGCAAAACAAUUGUUAGCCCAUGGUGUGACAUCGUUUUGCCCAACAAUGGUCACUUCAGACAAGGAAAAAUAUUUGAAAAUUCUUCCACGAAUACAAAAACAACAAGGAAGUCAACUUGGAGCAACUAUUCUAGGGGUACAUCUUGAAGGGCCAUUCAUUAGUUUAGCUAAGAAAGGUGCCCAUAGGGAUGAAUAUAUUAAAAACCCUGAAAAGGGAUUAGAAUCAAUUCAGGAGGUAUAUGGAUCUCUUGAUAAUGUUAUAAUUGUAACAAUAGCACCAGAACUACCUGGUGCUUUAGAAGCAAUCAAAGGAUUAACAAGUCUUGGAAUCAAAGUUGCUCUUGGCCACUCGUCUGCUAGUCUCGCGCAAGGAGAAGAGGGGAUUCGAUGUGGUGCUAAUUUAAUUACUCACCUCUUUAAUGCUAUGUUGCCUUUUCAUCACCGUGAUCCUGGCUUGGUAGGAUUACUAGCAUCAACGACUGAAAAACAAGUUUUUUAUGGAAUAAUAUCUGAUGGAAUACACACGCACCCUGCUGCCCUAAGAAUAGCGUGUAGAACUAAUCCUGACGGAUUAAUACUAGUGAGUGACGCUGUCGCUGCCCAAGGCUUAGCGGACGGGAACUAUCGGAUUGGUCCACAAUUAGUUAACGUUGAAAACGGCCAUGCGUACGUCACUGGCACCAAAGUCCUCUGUGGUAGCACCACUGCGCUCGACGAAUGUGUUAAAACAUUGAAGGAAGCUACAGAUUGCUCGUUAGAAUAUGCUCUAGAAACUGCAUCUCUCCAUCCAGCUAAGGCUCUAGGUAUUGAUCGUACGAAAGGAAAGUUAAAUUUUGGAUAUGAUGCAGACUUUGUCAUUAUGCAUCCUCAAUCGAUGAAAGUACUAUCUACAUGGAUUGCCGGAGAAUGUGUUCAUAAAAGUAUCUAAUAUGGUAUAAAAAAAUAGAUUUAAGUUACUUGUUCAUGUGAUAUAUAUACAUUUUUAUAUACAAAAUAAUGUAAUGCACAAAGUGCUUCUUUUUAUUAUACUGACACAAAUUUAAUGGAAUAAUAAAGUCUUUGUUUACAUUAA